AUGACGAAGCUUGCGAAAGAUGCCAUCAAAAGCUGCUUAAGUUGCCAAAUAACCUUUGACCGAACGCAUGAUGAACUUCUACGACCAACACCACUACCACCUCAUGUUUGGCAUACGAUAUCCAUUGAUUUUAAGGGUCCGUUGAAAGAUAGAAAAUACAUUCUAGUGGCAUACGAUCUUUACAGCCGAUAUCCGAUCGUUGGAUACUGCAACUCAACAUCGUUUGUGAACGUUAAGCCAGUUUUGGAUUCGAUCUUUGCCACCUUCGGAAAAGUGCACACAGUAAAGACAGACAACGGACCACCAUUUCAGGGUCACCAAUUUUACGAAUAUGCAGAGAAGAAAGGUUUUUAUCAUCGAAGAAUCACACCGAGACAUCCACAAGCGAACGGUGAAUGUGAACGAUUCAUGCAAAAUCUCAACAAAGCCAUUCGUAUUGCUAAGAAAGAGAACACUGACUACAAAGGGAAGAUAAACGGAAUGUUGGAAGCCUAUAGAGCCACACCUCAUCUUUCCACGUCAAAAAGCCCGUAUGAGCUGAUGUUUGGAAGAAAGAUGAACUUGAACAUUUUCCCGACGAUGAAGAGAAGAGUGAAAGAUGAAGUUAUAAGAAAUCGUGAUAAACGACACAAAGAGAAAGCGAAGAUAUAUUAUGACAGAAAAAAGAACGUCAAGAAAUCACACAUUAGAGUGGGUGAUCGAGUAUUGAUGAAAGACAAAAGAACUGAUCGAUUAAGACCCGAAGUAGGGGUUGUGAUUGAAUUAACUGAAUAUUCUGCUACCGUGUUGUUUGGAAAUGGAAGAAUAUAUAAGAGAGACAAAUCACAUAUUAAAGUCGUUAACAAAGCUGUAAUUCCACCCACGAAGAAAAGUGACAGUGUUAAGCAACCGAAACGAUACGAGUUAUAUGAUUCCAAUGAAAGUGAUGUAGAAGAGACAAACCGUGAACAAAUUACCUUAAGUACGAGAUCCGGUCGACAAAUUAAGAAACCAGAACGAUUUGGAGAGUGGACUGUGUAG